AUGCGACCAGACUACUGGCUCAUAGACCAUUUGUGGACAAAUGGUCUACUCAGUAUCGAAGUUUAUCAACACGCAAUUAAGUAUAACGAACGCCCGCCAUGUACUGAGCUAGUUCCUCUCGGAUACGAAACGAAGACAAUGUCUUACAAACGGGAGAGGAGUUUGCAACAGCUUUACGAUUUGGCAAAGGAGAGCAGACAACGAAAG